AUGUCGGUAAUUUACCCUCAACAUUCCAAACUUACUGAUAAAGAAAAAACCAAUAUUUGCUAUUUGUCUUUUCCAGAUUCAAAUUCAGGUUGUCUUGGAGAUACCCAGUUUUGUUUUAGAUUUCGACAGUCUUCUGGGAGGAGGGUGUCACUGCAUUGUCUUCUGGAUCAAUUUGACAAAGAUUUACCAGUUUACUUAAAGAAAGACCCUGCUUAUUUUUAUGGAUAUGUGUAUUUUCGACAAGUUCGAGAUAAAACUCUUAAGAGAGGCUACUUUCAGAAGUCAUUGGUUUUGAUCAGCAAACUACCUUAUAUUCAUUUUUUUCACACUGUGCUGAAACAGAUAGCACCAGAGUAUUUUGAGAAGAAUGAACCUUAUUUGGAAGCAGCAUGUAAUGAUGUUGAUAGAUGGCCUGCUCCAGUGCCAGGGAAAACAUUGCACCUACCGAUCAUGGGAGUGGUGAUGAAGGUACGUAUUCCCACAUGCUAUGACAAGCCUGGGACUACUCAAAUAACACAGCUAACUCAACAGGCAAAUACACACAUAUCUGUUAUUUUACCCACUGUUCAUGAGGUGGAUCUUUUCAGGUGUUUUUGCCCAGUUUUUCUGCAUAGUCAGAUGCUUUGGGAGCUGGUGCUCUUGGGAGAGCCCCUCGUGGUGAUGGCGCCAUCACCCUCAGAGUCGUCGGAGACUGUACUGGCGCUUAUUAACUGCAUUUCUCCAUUAAAGUACUUCAGUGAUUUCCGACCUUAUUUCACUAUUCAUGACAGUGAAUUCAAAGAAUACACUACCCGUACUCAAGCUCCGCCCUCAGUCAUAUUAGGAGUAACCAACCCUUUUUUUGCUAAAACACUUCAACACUGGCCACACAUUAUUCGAAUAGGAGACCUUAAACCUGCAGGAGAAAUUCCUAAGCAAGUUAAAGUGAAAAAACUGAAGAACCUAAAGACUCUGGAUUCUAAACCUGGAGUUUAUACUUCUUACAAGCCAUAUCUAAAUAGAGAUGAAGAGAUCAUAAAACAAUUACAGAAGGGUGUCCAACAGAAACGUCCUUCUGAGGCUCAAAGCAUUAUUCUUCGGCGCUAUUUUUUGGAACUGACACAGAGUUUCAUCAUUCCAUUAGAAAGAUAUGUGGCAAGCCUGAUGCCUUUGCAGAAAACUAUUUCUCCAUGGAAGAGCCCACCCCAAUUAAGACAGUUCCUUCCAGAAGAAUUUAUGAAAACACUUGAAAAAACAGGACCUCAACUGACUUCUAGAAUAAAAGGCGACUGGAUUGGACUUUACCGGCAUUUUCUGAAGUCUCCAAAUUUUGAUGGUUGGUUCAAAACCCGGCGGAAAGAAAUCACCCAAAAAUUGGAGGCUCUCCAUCUAGAAGCUCUUUGUGAAGAGGACCUACUUCUCUGGAUCCAAAAACACACAGAAGUAGAAACAGUCGACCUUGUAUUGAAGCUGAAAACCAAGCUGUUGCAGGCUGAUAGAGAACAUUUACCUGUGAAACCAGACACUAUGGAAAAGUUACGGACACAUAUAGAUGCAAUUAUCUUAGCGUUGCCAGAGGAUCUUCAAAGCAUACUGCUCAAAACGGGCAUGACAUGACAAUUAACCGGGAUUUUCCAGCCAAAAUGGAUUGUGCACCACGAAGCAUACUGACAUUUCAACAGACACCCAAAGGAGAUCUCCUGGUGGCAGCAGCGUGCAAAAGAGCUAUGAAUGGGAGAUACAGGGUGGGAAGACGGCAUUGUAUAAAUAGGCCUUUUUAGUGCAUUAUUUUAAAAAAUGGGUAUUUGUGGUGGUUCUACUUUAAUAGUGUCUCUACUGAAACACUGAAAGGCAUUUCUAUAUUUUUAAUCAUGUACUAAAGUGCUCUUAUAAGAGACCUGUGGGGCCAUCAGUAUAAGUGAUUCCAUACUGCAGUGCUGGCAUUGCAGAUUUUUUUUUAAUUGGUGCUGCUUUGCCCAAUCAUGUUAAAACUCAGGGGGAUAUAAAAAUAACAUUCACACUGGCCAUCCUCUUAAGAAAGAAAAGACUGAACUGUCCGACUAUAGUUUGAAGUAAUUGAUGCUUAUGUAGUGCCUUCUGUUAUCCUACAUGUUUCAGAGUCCAGCUGCUAGUCUUGAAGCCUUUUCUUAGCUUGAUUUUGAUGUGUUAUUUUAUAAGGCAUUCUAUUGAAUAAUCACAGCUUAAAAAUAUUUUUAUUGCUUCCCAUCUUAUUAGUAGGCAUAGUAGUUUUUUUUCAUUUGUCAUAUAGAUUUUCAUUUCACUAUUUACCAUUUUCAAAAUUUCAAGGCAAGAAGCAUUUUUUGUUAAUUAUGGAAAAAUUUGUUUUCUCCUUACACUUUACUAAUUGGGCCUACUAAGCUGAUUAAUUUGGAUGCUUUUUGAAGGCAUUUUAAUUAUGAACUUCAUAAUUAGCUAUUUUUUAAGUGGAGCUAUUAUUUCUAAGGUAUCCGUUAAAUCUUAUAUGUGAUAGCUAUUUGAGUGAUUAUAAAAUUGAUUUCCCACAUUAUUUGUUGGGCAGUAUUAUUUCCUCAAAAUUCGUGUUUCUCAGAACACUUUUUUUUUCUUUCCCCAUGAUACCAGGAUCUUGCACUUGUGAGGCAGGUGCAGUACCAC